UUCAUCACAUAACAACAAUUAUCAACUACCCAUUUGUGAUUGAUCUCAUACUCAAUAUCAAAUUAUUUUCAUUUACAUUUCAAACUUUCCAGCAUGGCUGCCACUGCAAUCACUUCGAAAUCCACUGCAAGAUCUUCAAAUCUGUCGAAUACCCAUUUCAAUUCAAUCCAUUUUAGAAAACCCCUUUUCGUAUUUCGCAAUAAUAUCAAACAGAAAUGGGGGAAUUUGUCACUGCAAGGUGGCGGCUUGAGGAACAGAGAGGCGGUUGUAGAGAGAGAAACAAUAAAAAGAUUUGGGUUAGUGAGGUGUACGGCGGAGGGGAUAGAGAGAGGGCAAGAUAGUAAUUUUGUUAUGCCGGAAAGAUUAAAGGUGGUGGCUUUAAUGGCGUGUGUUAUGUGUUUGUGUAAUGCUGAUAGAGUUAUUAUGUCCGUGGCUGUUGUUCCUCUUGCUGCUAAACAUGGGUGGAACAGUUCUUUCUUGGGCAUUGUGCAGUCAUCUUUUCUGUGGGGAUACAUUUUAUCAUCUGUUAUUGGCGGAGCAUUGGUGGACAAAUAUGGCGGGAAACGGGUGAUAGCUUGGGGUGUAUUCUUGUGGUCAUUAGCAACACUUGUUACUCCAUGGGCCGCAAAUCAUUCAACAAUGAGCCUUUUAGCGGCCCGUACUUUCUUUGGCCUUGCACAAGGAGUUGCUAUGCCUUCAAUGAACAUUAUUUUAUCAAGGUGGUUUCCAUGUAACGAACGCGCUACCGCUGUUGGUUUAUCUAUGGGUGGAUUUCAUCUUGGUAAUGUUGUGGGGUUGGUACUAACGCCUAUAGUAAUGUCAUCAAUCGGGCUUACAGGCCCAUUCAUUCUUUUCUCGUCUCUCGGGUUUAUGUGGCUAACAACGUGGACACUUCGGGUCACAAACAACCCACAAGAAAGUCAUACAAUAAGCAAUUCUGAAUUGCGAUUAAUUCAAGCAGGAAAAUCAAAUGCAACUCCUCUAAAGAAGGGAGAACUCCCUCCGCUACGCCUGUUGUUAUCGAAAAUGCCAACUUGGGCCAUCAUUUUUGCUAACAUGACUAACAAUUGGGGAUACUUUGUUCUCCUCUCAUGGAUGCCUGUUUAUUUUAAAACCGUAUUUAAUGUAAACUUAAAGCAAGCAGCUUGGUUUAGUGCGGUCCCAUGGGGAACAAUGGCGUUCUCAGGAUACGUUGCGGGUGCUGCUUCUGAUUAUUUAUUAAAAGCAGGAUACUCCUUGACUUUUGUCCGAAAAGUCAUGCAGUCGAUUGGUUUUAUCGGGCCAGGAUUGGCUUUGCUUUUCUUGAAUUACGCCAAGUCACCGACAGUUGCUUCGGUGUUUAUUACAGUGGCACUCAGCUUGAGCUCUUUCAGUCAAGCUGGAUUCCUGUUAAAUAUGCAAGAUAUUGCACCCAAAUAUGCAGGAUUUCUUCAUGGAAUUUCGAACUCUGCUGGGACAUUUGCUGCAAUAAUCAGCACGAUCGGGACAGGUUACUUUGUGCAGUGGCUGGGAUCAUUUCAAGCUUUCUUAAGCGUGACAGCUUGCUUGUAUUUCGCCACAGCCAUAUUUUGGAACCUUUUUGCUACUGGCGAACGCGUCUUUUAGGUUUGUAUAGAAAAGAGAUCCAAAGGGGACCCCAAGUUUAGUGAUUUUUUGUUGUAUAAACUGUGUUGAGAUCAAGGUUUGAGUGUUGUAGGUUAAA